UCAGACAAUGCAGGAAGUUUCUUAGAGGUCGGGUCAGGUAGAUGAAUGACUGAUAAUGAGUGAUGGUGUGACUCAGACAAACAGAGGAGAGAUGAAAACGACGGAGUAAGAGCAACGGAACUUAACUGAUAAGACUGCGCCAAUGAAGUUGGGCAUACAACAGUAAUCAUGUAUGUGUAUUUGGUGAAUGUAAAAGAUGGAGAGCAUACCCGCGUAGUACCUGAUGUCACCCUUCGCCACGGCUGCAUCCCAGUGAUAGGCAACACCUCUCCAUUAGAUUCCCUGGACCAUGAAACUGAGAGUGUUAUGAUAGAGCCAGCUGUUUGGUUUAAAGUACUGAUCCUGGACUCCGUUACUAUUGACUGUAAUCGUCGUUGUAUUCAGUGGAGCACUGAACCCAUUUGGAACAUUAACAGAAAACAAAAGUCCUUCACUAAGAGGUGUGUAGGGACAUAUGGGGUAAAGGAGGAGUUGGUAGAUAGCCUACAGUCUAAUAGUACUACCACACGUCUGAGUAGGACUCUGUUUAGUCAAGGAGAAUGCUAUGACUUUAACUCUGACCUGGAUGAGUUGUUUGACUAUGCACUGGAGAUGUUAGAGAAGUACAAAGUAAAAAGCAUCACUGACGCUCAAUUUCAUGGCAUGCUGCUCAGACUUUUACACUGCUAUAUAUUCCCAGCUAUCAAGCUCACCAGAGAUGAUUUGGGUUUGUUGGAAGUUGCCUACAAAGAACAGGAGGAAAAAAUUGCAAAGAUGGAUGAAAAAAUAAACGUUAGAAAUGAAGAUAUUGCGAGAAUAAGGAAAACAAAAAAGAAUCAACGUUCACAGAUCUUACAAGUAUGGCAAGAGGGGAAUAGUGGUACACCAUCUGAUGUAGUUUUGAAAACGCUGCUCAGUGAUUUAGACAGAGAUAUUAGAGAGGCUGAAACUGACUUGGAUUUUACACAGAAUCUGGUUGAAGAGGCAAAAUCUGGAAGUGCCUCUCCAGAAGAACUGGAAAGGCGGCGAUGUGAGAGAAAUGAAGCACACAAUAUCAAAGAGUCACUUUUAAAGACAAGGGAAAACAUAAGGCAAGGCGAAAAACAGCUGACCAAGCAAAAAUCCUGGAUAGAAUCGCUACGCAGUCGGCGUUCCAAAGGGUCUAAAGCUAAGUCUAAAACCCUCAUCCCCCUUUGUGACAUCUUCCUGGCGCUGGACAGACGGGCCAAUGACCAAAGGAAGAAGUGUGAAAAGCUAAUGGAAAGAAAAGUCCUAGCACUCAGUGUUAAAGAGGCAAUAAGAAUGGCCAUUGAAGACUUAAAAAAUAAUGCAGAAUCAACAGGGUUGGAAGUGUUAAGAGGGAGCACUCGUAGGGCCACGGAUGUGUUACAAAAUGCCCAUAUUCCCAGUGAAUGGAUGACCCUGAGUGAGAAGGUGGAUAACAUGGUCAACAACCCCAACCAUAAAUUAGGGCAAAGGCACGCUGAAUUCUGCUCCAGUAUAGUCGGCCAAUGUGUUGAGCUCAGAAAUAAGGAAUGGUCAGUCUUUCAGCAUUCUCCGGCCAUCACAACUGACCGAGCAUCCCUGAGGAAUUCAUUUGCGUUGUGCGAGACUAUAGAGGACCAACUUGCCACCCUAACUAACACAGAGAGUUAUGUGAUCAUAGACUGUGCAGAGAGUGAACAAAAAACACCCAAGCAGGCAGUUGAGCACAUCAGAGAUAACAUAAAGCAGCAUUUUGAAAUGAUGACCGCAGACUUGCAAGAUGCCUUGGGAUACUGCAGUGAGAGCAUCUACAACAAGCUGUGGCUGUGCUAUGAGACCCACUUCUAUGAAUUUGUUCUCCCUACACUGGUGGACUUGUACCAGUUCUGCUACAGGGACACCUGCACCAUGCUAGAACUUAACCUAGGAAGCCUGACAUAUGGUGAACUGGAGGUCCAAGAACCCUGGCUGCUAGAUUUGCUGCAGAAUCAACAUAGGAAGGAGAGUGGAUUCUUGGAGGAGGAAGAAGAUGAAGAAAAUGCCAGCCCUGAUAUGGUUGAAGCACCCAUUGGCAACACUGAGGGUACUGACCAGGAUGUGCCAACAACUGACCACUGUGACCAAAGUGAAACUGACCAGCCAGUGACUGACCAUGCUGAUCAGGAAAUGAAAGACACUGACCAGGCUCAUUUCACUCUUCAGCAGCAGGACUCAGGUCUGGAGACAGACACUGAUGUUGUCACCACAGAAACCAGUGGCCCCCUCUAUAUUUCUGAAACCAGUAACCUACCUGGGGUCUCUGACACAGCUGUGCUUUCUGAUGCCAAUGAGACCUCCGAUGAACCCAUUGCCGUAAAAACUGGAUCUUUUAACGGAGGAAUUUGUGUGAGCACAGACAAGGGUGCCAUUGGUGAAUCUACUCCCACAGUAUGGGCCUCUGGAGACAUGAGAAUGGCUGUCAGUGAAACUUCUUCAGACAAAAUAAGCGCUGUCCUAUCUCAGGGUACAGAGCAAGAUUCAGGUAGCAUGUCUACAUUUUGUACACCCAUGGGGCCAAAUGUCAGUGACAGUGUUCAGCCUGUGGCUUUCCCCAGUCAGUCAGCUGUGCACAGUGUUGUGGAGAUACACCAGGAAUGUGCAGGUACCCCACCCAAACAUAGUCUGAAAGAAGAAUGGAAGCCAGAAGAAACCAGUAAUGUUGACACAGCUGUCAACAUCAAAGUUCAUUCUGUGAAAGAACAGGAAAUAUCCCAACAAGCAGUUUCUGAAAAGUUCCCCUCAGAUUCAACAAAGGACACACCCUCAGCUGAGCCAGAGCAUGUCAUACCAUAUAGAAGGGACAGCCAUACAAAGACAAUGAGACGAAGCAAAGGGCAGGUGUAUGUGUUUGAUGACAGACAACCAGUAAGACUGCCAGAGCAAGGGUUUGAUCUGGAAGAUAUUAUGAUAAAGUUGAUCAGUAGUACCGAAGAAGAUGACCAACGUUUACAUGGAGAAUUGGGAGAAAAUGGUGUUAGUGAUGAGAAUGUGGGGGGCUCUGUUCAGCUGCGCAACUCAGAACCCAAGCUGUGUGCUGGACAUGCUACCUUGGAUCUUGGAGGAGAUCCAGCAUCAGUGACCAGAAGAUCGUCUCCGGCCAUUCUUUCUAAUGAUCCUCAUCAGAAACCUGUGCUGUCUCCAUCAAAUUCAAAGCCAGAGGAUGAAAACCUUGACACUUUCAGUGUUGACAGCGGCAGUGUCACAUCCGGCGAAGAAACAUGGAGAAAUACUAUUUUAAGUACCCUGAAUAGUUUCGGUUUAGAGACAUCAUCUAGCUGUGAUAUUAGUCAACACCGUGACGGUGAUUUUGACUGUGCUGUCAAAUUAAGAUGCCAGGUCAAAGAUGAGGCACCAGCAGACAAAACUUUCUGUCAGGUCUUUCAGCCAGUUAUUGAAAGCAUUGGGAAGGUUCUGGAUGAAAAAACCCCGCUUGCAAAACUGCAGCAGCUGACAUGUUGCCUGCGCCUGAUAAAUUCACAGGUGUCCCGAAUCAGGGCAAGGAGGAACGAAGGUAAUGUCAGCAUGUGUGCGGAUGACAUGGUGACAGUGCUUACUCUUGCACUCCUCUACUGUGAUCCUGCCACAGUCAGCGCCCUCUAUCCUACUGUUGUGCUGUUGUCUGAAAUCAUACCUCCAUUUCUAGAGAAUGGUGCACAUGGAUACUCACUGGUCCAGUUCCAUGUGGCAUUUCAGAUUAUAUUUGGAGAAUUGAUGAAAAAGAAGAAUCAGGCUGGCAACCAAGUAUUUGCAUUUCAGACAAGAAUGUAGCAAAAACAGGCAGUAUUAUACAGGCAGUAUAACCCUUUCUUUCUUUAAAAUCAAAACUUGUAAGUGAAUAAGGAACGUUACUUACUUACAAUGAAUUUUUUCUGAUGGGGGCAUCCAUUUAGAUAUACUGUGAAGAGUUAUGAAAGCAAUAAUUUAAUGCAUGUUCUAAAUUAAAUGUUGUACUCAGAAAACUAUGGUUAAUGCAAUAAUUUUGUGAUUUUGUCAUUUUUGAAUUCUGUUGAUAGCUGUCCUUUUUUUCAGUGAUUGAUAAUUGAUUUUCAUGUUAUUUGAUUGUUUCAUUGUGAAUAUAUUUUUGUAUUUGGUGAGCAACAUCCUUCAAUUUCUUCACACUUGUGAAGAGUUUGUACACUGUUAUUUUAAAGUGUUUCUGUGUGCCGUGUUUAUAAUAAACAAACCUACACUGUGAUCUCAAGUAUGGCUAGGCCACAAUCAAACAAUAAGGAGAAAUUUACUGUUAGUAAUUACUAUUGGUGUAAUAGGGCAUAAUAAAGUUUUAUAAUUGUAUUACAGCAGGAUCUGAUUUAGAUGACACCCAGAUUGAAGUUGAUGCAAAAUGCAAUGUAAAGACAGCUGAUAUGCAAUUUAUAUGCCUUGUAACUCUUAUUAUUAUUAUUAUUAUUAUUAUUAUUAUUAUUAUUAUUAUUAUUUUAAUUUGAUUCAAAAAUACUAUUGACAAACCGAGCUGUUAGGUUUUUUGUUUCACUGGCACAGGCAUAUGCAAAGGGAAGCACUGACCACAAUAGUUUCAUUCUCCAUCUUGUUGAGCAUAAUUAUUACAAUGGUUGCUUUUAGCCCACUUGAGGAUGUUUUUCUCAAGGAAAAGUACCAGUGAAAUAAAAGUUUGCUGUGAUAUACAAACCAGCCAUAUACUAGGCUGCAUGUUGCUUUAUGACUACGCUAAGAUGAAAACAGAUUUAAAUGUAUAAUAUAAUGUGUACUUGUACUUUUCCUAGCUAAGGAGCUUUUUGCACAUAUUAUUGUCUAAAGAAAUAGUGUGUCUGUAUUUUUUUUUCUUUGAAUGGAAUUUUAAGUUUAACUUUAAAAGUUUUUGUUCAACAUAUGCGACAGAUGUUUCAUAUUAAGGAAAAUGGAAUUUGUGAAUUUUUUGAUAUCCUAUUUUUACAUCAUUUAUGUAGAACAUUUGUGAAGGGAGUGAUUUUUAUCACUUUAGUAAAUAAGAUCAAAGUGGAUCCUUUUUCAGCAAUACAAAUUAUGUAAUUUAUGCAAAUGUAAUGCAAUUAAACUUUUGCCUAGAUGUUUACUAUCUAUUUAUGAAAAUAUCCCAUAUCUUCAAAGUAUUUUUUAAAGGGGGAGGAAGCCUUGAUCAAGUAAGUUUUCCAGUGAACAAAGUCACUACAGGCUUAUUGUUUUUUAAUUAAUUAUUUAUCUAUUUCUAUUUAUUAAUUUAUUUUUUGAUUUUUGUAAAUUAUG